AUGGUGCGCAUUGAGCUAACAGAUUCCAAACUGCGCUGUAGUUUUUCAGGAACAAUAGCCUUAACAGGUAUAACAGACUCUUUCUGCAUGGUUUGGAAAGCAAUGGUCAAGGAAGGAGAGAUGCAAUUAAAUAUAUGGAAGCCAAGUACUGCGCUUCCCAUUAGUCUAGCAAAUCUUCUCCUUAACUCAACAGCAAAGGGGCAUGAUUGGGUUUUCAGUGAAUCAUUCAUGCAAGAGGUAACCUUCAGAUGUGUAGAACUUAGUGUACUUUUAAAGGAAGAUGUGGUUCAAUGCUAUAUGAAAGAAUCGGAUCCAUUUACACUGAUAAGAACAAAAAGUAGCAUUACUAUCCAGGACAUAACAUUAUACAUACGAUGGGAAAGGCGUACCAUUUUUUGGUCUGUAAAGGGCAAAAUGCACCUUUCGAAUUCAAUAUUCAAUACCAUUACUUUGACAAGCGAACAGGAUGGCCAAUACAUCUUUGAAUGGGACGGAGGAAGUAGUUUAGCAUCAUGCUUGAAGGAUGUUCUUCCAUUAUCACAUGCUGAAUAUAUUCCAGAUUCGAUACACAUUCCGAAUCUUGGAGUAAAACUUAUCGCAGAUAAGGAUGGAUUCUCGAGCAUUAACAUAUCACUACGAAAAGGUAAAGGUGUCAACUGGAAUAAUGUAUUUGGGUUACCUUGCAAAUUAGGUGACCUACAUGGAUAUGUGCAAUUCCAUCGUGACAAAGUUACAUCAGCAAGGUUGAAAGCUAUCUUCAAGCACAUGCUUUCUGAAGAAUCUGUGCCAAUGGAAAUGAAUUAUCCAACAGAGACUACAAAUAUGGUGCAGUGGAGACUUUGUAACACUGGGGCCGAAUCGAGAUUGUUCCAUACAUUCUGUAAAUAUUUCAAAUGUGAUAUCCAAAUACUCGAUACUGACGCAAAACUACAUGACUUGUCACUGAGCAUAGAAGGCACAGAAGAAGCCAAAAUGAGCAUUUGCAUUGAAGGAAAUUGGAAAGUCCUGCCUAUUUUCGAAAUUACCUUGGUCAACUUAGAAAUAAGUAAAGCUGAACCUUUUGGAACGCUUAGUGGAACUGCAAGUAUCCUUUCAAAGAAGGAUAUCGCAAUUGCAGCAUCAGUUGGCUCCCUCACGUUUUCAGUUCCAAACCACAAGUGCAAAACCACCUUUACAGAUGUAAUAGAAGGAUGUCUUGGUUCAAUACCAAAUGAAUCACAUUCUGUUACAUGGUUUGAAACCGACCAGGUCAUUGAAGUACAUUGUGAACGUUUGUAUUAUUCUGAGGAUAUAAUGGAGGCAUGCAUACGCCUCGAGAUGGAAAACUGGCCAGUUUCCGAAGGAAUCAUUGAACUGUCUGGUUUGAGGGCAGUCAUUGAAAUGACAAAUGAUGUCGGCAUUACUAUUCAAAUAUCUGGAAAAUUGAAACUGUUUGGUGUAGCCCUCCCAAGUCUGUCACUCACACUUCCAUGUGAAAACAUUACUUUCUCUUGCACAAAAGCCAAAUUGUCACAAGACAUGACAUUUGGAAAAAUCGUAACCAAGGCAUUGGGUGUAGAAUCGAUUGAUUGUCUACCAGAGGCAGUGAAAGUUUUAGGUAUAGAAACAGCAGAAUUGGAACCAGCAAGAAACUUCAUUAAAGUAGUGUUCAAUGUCUCUGAUUUCAAAUUACAGACUCCGCUGGGAGAUAUAGAAAUCCGAAAUACUACUUUUGCAAUCGAGGGGACAUACACUAAAAGUGUUUCUAUGGAGCUUUCGGGAAGUUUGAAUGCAUUUACCUUUCCUGAGAUGCAUUAUAUUGCAAAGUUGACUGCAGGAGCUCGCAGUAUGGAAUGUGUUAUAGCUUCACACUCCAGUGAUCACUUUACAUCCCAAAGUAUACUCGGACUUAUAGGUGAUAAAAUUGGUAUGCAUGAAACUGCGCCUAUAUUUCCAGAGAUAACUGUAACAAAAGUAGAGAUUCAACUUAUAUUGAAGAACAAAGAUCUCUAUUUGGACCUUGAGGUUGUACUAGAUCCAAUCAAAACCCAAUUAACUGAUCAACUACAACUCAUCGAUGGAAAACUAAAGGUAGUAUGUACUGUAAAAUCUGGAGAAACAAAAUGGUGCGGAAGUGAGGUGUCAGGAGGCGUACUUCUAGGGGAUUAUAGAUUACCAACAUUUUGCAUUCCCCUCUGUUACCAUGACGGAGCAGGUUCCAUAUGCACACGAGCGGGUUCGAUUAAACAAGACAAAAUGUAUCCCCGAAACUGGCAACUGACGAUUCCGAUGUGUAUGGAUACUGCAAGUUGUAUUCAGUCUACAGUUCCUGAAAAGUUAACCUCUCCAAUAGAUGUCUCAUUACUCAUGUCAAAACUUUUGGGGUUCAAGAUACCUGAUUUAGGAAUUGUGAUAGAAGGGUGUAAAGUUGCAUUGACCUGGAAAUCAUUUUUUAAACCAGAAUACCUGUACUUCUGCUUCAGUCUAAAGCGAUUCAAACUAUCAAAUGCCAUCCAAUUCAGUGAUAUUACAAUAUCAACAGAAGCAAGGAAACCAAAGGUGACUGAUCAAUCUAGAUCAAUAUGGAACCUAAUUUUCGAAAACAUUCCAAUUGAAAUGACAUUAGAGCUAGGAAAGUCACCAUCGUUAAUGCUAACCUGCUGUAAGGUUGAAUUACCUCUGAGUGAGGACACUUUGUGGUCUGUAUCAAUUCCGAAACAAGGCAUCAACCUUAAAAUCACCGAUGCUGUAGCAAUCAUCUUGCAAGUUUUUGGAGUUGAUGUUAACCCAAUAAAUACAUUAAUCCCAGAGGUAGCCGUCUUUACAGAACUCGCUUUGGAUCUACAAUGGACACUGAAAAAAGAAAUCAAAGUGUUUGAUCUUGAGAUUCUUGCAAAAAUCUCUUGGCUGAAUAUACUUGAUGUGUUCAAAGUAAUCGGCAUUUGUACCAGGAUACAACUUAGGGAAGAUUCUAAAGUAAGCCUGGUAUAUUUGGUACCUUUUGAGAUAUUUGGAUACAAAUGUCUUCUCAAAGGCACCGACUUGUCCAAGUUGAAACUAACAUGGAGUGAACAUACACGCCUCGUACCCAACCAAAAGCACACUAUGCAGAUACGACUCAAUGAUGCUCUCGCCCAACUACUAACAAUUGAUGAUUUACCUUCCUUUUUGGAUCUUGAAACAACAGAACUCACAUAUGUCCUACUUGAACCAUUUAACAAAUCAAUUUGGGUUAAAUUCACUGUUCCUCAAUUCAAAAUAGGAGUCGACACUUUGAACAUCGAGCUAAAGAACACGUGUCUUUCAAUAGAGGGUACAUACCCACAACGUCUGAAAAUCAGCAUAUCUGGCAAUAUUUCACUGUUCAACCUUGUUCCUAUACACUAUACAGGCACGUUGGACAAAACAACAGGCAAACAGCUCGAUUUAUCAAUAACAGCUUGCUCUGUUGGUAACUUCAGUAUUGGAGAUUUGCUUACAGCUCUGCUAAGUGUUCUAGGAAUUCCAUCAGAUUUGAAAGAUACCCCAGUUUUUUCAGAUGUUAACUUCACUAACUUGGCGGUAGAAUAUACUCAAAUAGGCCAGUCUAAGCACCUCAAUGUUAAUCUCACCAUAGACAAGAUAAAAUUACCAUAUACAAAUGUGAUCAGACUGACCAAUGUGGAUACAAAAAUUGUAUUCAAAAAUGGGUCAUGGAGUGAUUCUCACAUUACCGGCUGUCUUGAGGUCAAUGACCAACACGUAGGUCAAUUCCAUAUACCGCUGUCCUUCAAAGAGAAAGGAACUGGAGAUUAUAGAUGGCAGCUUUCCCUCCCCAAAGAUACUUUAUUGAAUGAGUCACCAUUACCAGUACCAUUAAAAAGCCCGAUAAACCUACAGAAAUUUGCAGACCAAUUACUCCAAAGCCAAAUGCACGUUCCUGAUAUUGGUCUAGAAAUUACUGGAUUUGCCUUGGAUCUGAAAUGGAAAGCAUUCGGUAUACCGGAUAAGAUUUAUUGCUACAUAGGGCUGAACAAACUGGCCCUCAUACCAAAACCUGUCUCGGUUUCUCUUGAGAAUAUUAUCCUUCAUCUCAAGUAUGAGAAACAAGCAGAAGUAGGAGCAAAAGACCCAAUAGCAGAUGCCUUUCCUAACUCUUAUGCCAUGUUUGAUGUUUGUGUUGGCAACAUGCAUACACAGAGACUCACAUUGAGAAAAUGUAAAUUCACUUUGCCUAAACGCAAUGUAUGGACAGCAGAGAUUCCAAAACAAGAUGUAGACUAUGGUUUAUCAGAUGUGGUAAAUGCUUUUGCAUUUGGGCAACUUGCAGCUGAUAUGAAAGACAUGGAACUUCCAGUUGACCUUCGUUUCAAACGAAUGUUCAUGAAUUUGCAGUGGAAUAACAAAAAAGAAAUAGUAGCGUUUGAUGUGGAAACAGUUGCUCGAUUUGAACCAACACUGAACAUAUUUGAUAUCAUUCACCUGACUGAAUUUGGCAUCGUAGGAACACAAAAAGAAGGGAAAUAUGAUUGGAGAUGUUUCUGUGCCAUUGAUAUCUUUAGCAUCCGAGCCUUGGUUGAGAUAAAUUUCAAAAAGGCUGAACUUUCCUUGCACAUUGGCACGCCAAAUCAACUGAUUAGUCCAUCUGAAGCAAUUACAUUCGGGUUAAAGCAACUUGUUGGGGCAUUCACUCCAGUGAACAUGGAAGUCGAUAUUUGUGGGUUGUCAGAAAAUGUUGGUCAGGUCUCUUUGAAUGGAAGUGCUGCUGUUCUGAAACUGUACCCAAAAAGAAAGAAACUAUUACUUCAUUCAGAAAUGGAGUCACUCGAAGUUGGAGUUAUAGCAAAGAAAAAAGGAAAUGUGGAAAUAGUGUUCAUGCUCAGAUACAAUGGUAUUAUCAAAUGGCAAAAUAUUUGGGAUGAGUUGUCAUUUUUUGACAGCCUGCCAUUUAUGCCAAGAUUUAGUGAUAUCAUAGUCACUGCUGCAUCGAAGCAUAAAACUGACUCAUCACUUAGGAAGAAUCUGACAGAACUAGAAGAAACUACUGGAAAAAAGCUGUUUGCAAGUAACUUUGACAAUACAAAGCUAACUGCCCCUAUGGUCGCAGUGAGUGCAACAGCUACUAUGCCAGAAACAUUUCCCUAUGUCAUCCUUGACGUAGAUGGUAAAGCAUUUUCUGCAACAAUUGUUGUCAGCAAACAAGGUGUACAACUUGCAGUUCCAUUUGGGGGGUUUACCAUUAGUGGGGUUGUCUUAAAAGCCGAAUUGACUUUAGAGAAGAAAUUCCUAAGUUUCAACAUCAAAACAACGUUUGAACUCCCAACUAAUCUGGAAUGCACAGAUUUUCAUCCUGCUGAGUUUGGUGGAUCAUUAAAAAUAAAUACAACCAGCAAGACUUUAUCUGCAAAUAUUGUAUUCGAAGGUAAAACAAAAGAUGAUCCAGCUUGGCCAACACCUUUUGGACUAAGAUUCCUAACAAUCAAGUCUGUAACAUUGGGUUUAGAGAUGAUAUAUAAAGGUGGCAUACCCCAUAUCAAGCUUGAUGCAGCAGGAACACUGUUUGACAUUGAUAUUGAGAUCAAACUCCAGAUGCUGGGAAUAAGGCCAAGGGCCAUAUACUUCAUGCUGAAAAACCUGUCAUGGUCACGUGUGAUUGGGAUGAUAACAGGAAAUGUUGGAUGUGAUUUAGACUGCUUAGACACCUUAUUACCGAGGCUGAACCAUUUGCAUCUCCUCAUUUUAUCACUGGGAACAUCAAUGGAUGAUGUUGAUUUUCCUGAUAGGUCAAAACUUUCACGCAUUAAAGGUAAGACAAAAAGUCUUGUCGAAACUCAGAAUGACGAAACACAUGUCGAGAGCAUAUCAGUUGCUGGACCAUGUAUUAAGUUUGACAUAUCAGCCUCUUGGUUUGGUGUGGAUGUUACCAUAUGGGGUGGUUUCUCUAUUCAAUCAUGCGUACCAAAACUAGAAUUUGGGGGAAAGAUAGACAAACCAUUGAAAAUAUUGGGUAUGUUGGACUUAACUGCUAAGGAUGACAAAAACACUGGGCCAUACCUGUUUCUUGAUAUAGAUACAAAGGCACUCAGUGCAGAAUUUCAAAUGAAUGUUAGCCUGAGGUUCCUCUUCUUGACAGUAAGCGCAAAGGUUUUACUGGACAUUGCAAAUCGGUUAUUUACCGUAGAUGUUGAGUUAAAACUACUCUUUGGACUUACAGUAAAGGGGAAAAUAGGGUUCAGAAUUGGGAGGCCCACCAUGAUAGACAUACAUGCCGGUAUUAGGGAUCUGGACGGCGCUGUUCUUUGUAACUUUAUCAAUGGCGUGGCAGAAGGGGCAAGAAAAGUUCUCGAGGAUCUAGAGAAUAAAAUGGAUGAAGCGAUAAGUGAGCUAAAGAAAAAAGAACAGGAAUCUGAUAGUAAGGUUGCAAAAUGGUUUUUGAACUUGUGCUCUUGGAUUGUGAAACUGGGGAGAGCAAUUGUCCAUAUUAUUCGCAAAGGCACGGAGAUGAUCCAAUGGGUAACCAAAUGUAUAAAUAAACUGCUCAAUGAAGCAUCGCGAAAAUUGUGUUCUAUACGUAGAUUUGAUAUCAGUGGAACUACAGAAACGGAACAUGUUUUCAUGAUCCAAUGCCAAUAUGACGUCUGCCUUGUUGGCAAGGAUAUUGCAGGAAGUUUUAAAGUAAAUCUUGGAAGCAAAGGUGCAUUAGAAGAUGUAACAAAGAAAACAUUAGGCAUGCAAUAUGUAAGUGAUGAAGCUGUUGCAGAAGUUGGAAAGGAACAGGUUGAAGAGCAACCAACAGCAAAUGAGACUGACUCUGAAGAAGUCAAAAGAUUUAUUAAAAAGACUGGAGACUUGAAAAGUGCAGUGGAGAAUGCGGAAAAUGAUGGUCGUGUAGAUUCAACAAAUAAAGCAAAACAUUAUUUAGAUAAGCUGAGAGGUAUACAUGUACCUUCCCCACCAGAUGCAACUCAGAGUGACAAUCAAGCGUCAUCAAACGACCAAAACAAACAUAAAUCUGAACCAUCGCCAGAUAAACAGGAUACUUCACAAGAUGGUGUAAAAUUGCCAGAUAAACAAAAUCAUGAUCAUGAUACAAAAUCACACAAUGAUGAUCCAUCGCUGAAUAAGCAGAAUCCAACUUACGACGAGGAACCAUUGCCAAAUAAAGAGGAAGAAAGGCAAAAUGAUGAACAAGUACCGGCUCAGCAAAAUACUGUUCAGAAGAGAGAACCAUCACCACAUGGUAAUGAAGGUGCGUCAGGUAAACAGAAUCUGUCAGACAACAGUGGGCCCUCUCUAGAAACUCCAGAACAAAUUCAAGGUGGUGAUGAUGUAUCUCCAAAUAAGAAUAAGCAAAGAAAUAAUGAACCAUCGCAAGAAAGAAAUGAAGACCAAACUCAAGAUGGCCAAUCAUCUGAAAAUAAAGAGAAUCAAAGACAUUAUGAUGAGCCAUUGCUGGAUAAACAAAAUACUAAACAAAGUGAUGGUGGACCUUUUCCAAAUAGUGAGGAGGAAGCUUCGGAUAAGCACUGUCCAAGCACUGUUUACAUAACUAAAGACGUAACGAAGGAUGACGAAGCAUCUCUAAAUGAAGAUAAUCAAACAAAUAAUGAUGAUUAUGAUGAAUUGCAAAAUAAGCAAGAUACUCCACAAGACGAUUGCGACCCGUCGCCAUAUGGUAAUGGAGUAGCAUCAAAACGUAGUUCAACAUGUCAAUCACAAGAUAAUCAGGAUCUAAAUAAUGAGAAUGAGAGACAUAAUAAUGAACCAAUGCCAGAUACAGACAACAUUACAUCUUGUGAUCAUUCAUCACCAGUACAAGGUAAUGGAUCAGCAGCAGAUAAUCACUAUCCAAACAAUGAUGAAUCAUCACCAAAAAAUGAAGAUACAAUCCAUGAUGAUGACGAAGCAUCUCCAAAUAAAGAGAACCAAAGACAAGAAGAUGAACCAUCGCUAGGUAAGCAAAAAACAAGCCCUGAUAUAUCAUCGCAAUCACAGGAGCAACACAACGGGGAGCAUAGAGCCAACCCAUCAACUGACAUGCAAUUGCCUGGACACAGCGAUGAGGUUUCAGGACGGCAUUUGGAUAAUAUGGAGCAUCAGAGUGAACCCAUAGAUUCAACAAAUCAAGGAAAAUGUGAUGAUGAUCAAAAUAUCGAUGAUGAUGAAUGGAAUGAUGCAACAUUACCUGCUUGGGCAAACGGAUGUAAUAUUGAAAAUGUAAAUCAGGGGCCAAGUGCCAUAGAUCGAAACACUUCUGCUCUUGAAACAGAUGAUGAUAAUAUGAAUUUAUCGAUUCUCAUUUGGAACGAUCAAGGAAACACAGAAAGAACAAAUACGGACAAGGGACUCAUUGAUAAAAUAGAGAACGGCGAAUAUGUUUAUACUGACAUGAAAUUAGGUGAUGAAGAAAUUACGCUGGAAAAUGCAAACGAUGACAAGUCAAGUCAUAAUGUGGAGAUAACUGAAUGUACUUAUUCACGCCAGUCAGAUGUGGAAAGUCAACAAGGUGUUGACAGCGGUCCUAAAUCGGAAAAAUACAUUGAGUUAGAUGGAGGGGAAAAUAUGGAAUACAAAGAAGAAGGCUCUGGGGAAGCCGAACAAGACAAAUCUCAAUAUCCUGCCAUAUCUAGCCAUAUACGUAUUGAAAAGGACGAAACCAAUGUACAGGACGAACCCAACUUUGAAAACAUGUUUCAUCCGGACAUACUUAGCAGACAAGAUUCCCUUGAUCUCACAAAGAAUGAAAGAUCGACGAUGGAUUCUUAUAAUGAAGAAGAAUCACAUGAUUUGUAUGACAGCCAACUUGAGAAUAUGAAAGCUGCAUAUUACUCGCCAAAACUCCAACCAAAAACGGUUUAUGUAAAAAAUCAGAGUGGCCUCAUAAUUUCAGGUGAUAAAAGUGGAUCAGAAACCCGAAUUGAAUUUCCACACCAUGACAGUGAGGAUGAUGAAUAUGAGCAAACUGUUGUGCCGACGUUUGUAAAAGAUAACAGAGAAGAGGGAUCGAUCCCUGACGGAAAAACAGGUGCAUCAAUAAACAAACAACUGCAAGUUGUUGUCGAUCAAGCACAAUACUCAGAGAACUCCCUGCAAGCAAGCAAUAUGCAAAAUGUAGUAGAGCAACCUCAUGCCAAAUUUACUCAUUUUGAGGAUAUAUUGCAGAGCAAUACUUGGAAUUUUGGGACGAAGACUACUUCAAGUCACGCGGAUGAAAUGCCUUUCAAGGGAGGAAAUGAAAAGUUUGAUAGAGGUCUUAGCAAACCUUUGCUUGACACAAUGAAUAAUGGUGAUAGCUUAAAUGAUCCAUUUCCUCAAGAUGACCAAAAGGAAACAUAUCACAAUACAAGUACUGAUGAUGAUCUUUUGAAAGUUGGAUCAAUUAAUGGCUCUGACAAUGAAGUGGACGAACAGCCAAAAUAUUACGAUUUUGAAAAGCAAUCUAGUAUCAAUCAUUAUCGUAAAAAUGCAGUCAAUAAAGAUGAUAGAAUGCAGAACUGUAAUCAGGCGACAGCAAGUCAGAGAGAUGUUAUUGCCAAGACCAUACAAUGGGAUUCAUCAGAAACCAGCGUUUUCAAUGAAUAUUUGGAAUCAACAUUGCCCCUUUUGCAGGCAAUAAAAUCGCAUAUUUUCAAUGAUGAAAUGCAGGAUUUUGAAAACGUAACAGCACACAGAGAUGACUCGUAUGGCAGUAUUCUCAUUGAUAGCAACAUUCUUGAGAUGCACGGUGUAGAUGAACUACUAUUUGUACUUAUAGAGGUAGCAACAAAUGGUGGAAAUUCUAAUCCAAACAAUGUUGAAGUUGUUCUUACUGGUAAUAGACUGUUUACCAUUGACAAAGAACACGAUAAAAAACAGAAAUUGCCAAUUAUACUUAAAGCUUGGAACGACAUGUGGACAGCAAGUUCUUGGAAGAGUAUAUUGCAGCUUCGUGGCGACUAUGCCAACAUAAAAAACAAGGGCGGUGAUAGAAUGAUAAAGAGAUGUUCCAAUUUUAAGUGGUCAAUCCUCAUAACUGACUCUGUUAAAACAUUUACAGAGAGUGCAUGGGAAGAAAUUCUGCAUCAACAUAUUAUGAUCAUCAGGCUAUUGAAACGUGGUAUUGAGUUCACCCAUUUGAACAAAGACAAUCCAGAUGAUUUACACUGGGUGAGUGUAGGUGAGAGAGUUGAUUUUACCAUGUUCAGAUUCAAUUUCCCAAAUGAGCGAGUGAAGACGAAAAACCAUCGCUACAAAUCAACAUGUCUACCUAUAAACGAUGAUGUUUUACUCAAGUGGUGUUCAUUGGGCGUUGACACAAAAGUCACUGAUAUAUUCGGGGAAAAGAGGAAAUGCACUGUGUCUCUCGGGAAGGAGUUCCACGAUGAUGUCAUAAAUCUUCCUCUGAACCUUGAAGUAGCAAUACAGACAGGACUUACAAAAGAAACCAGAUCAAUAUUUGAACUGAUGAAAAGCAACAUGCAAGGCACAAUUGACGAAAUUAUCACAUCGUUUAGUGCCAUUCCAGCUAAUGUAUGGACGCGUUACUCAACGUCAUCAAGAGGGAAAAGCCUUAGCGUUAAAGGUCUAAUCAAUUGGUAUAUAACCAAUGGGACGAGUACAGAUAUAUGGCUUCAAAAGAAUAGGGGUGGUCGAACUCGAAUGGGAGUUGGAAUAGUUAUAGCCCUUACCCAGAAAACACUAACAAUGCGCCCAGAGAUUCUGUGUGCUAUAAUAGCGUGUGUUUGUGCCUUGGAAAGGGUACAUGUUUCUACCUCAUGCGUGACUUUUGGUGAUGAAGUCACCGUUGUGAAAAAAGGCAGCCCGAUAUGGAGCGAUGAAGACAAAGCUCGUCUGUUGUCUGAAUUUACAAAUUUUUCUUGCGCUAAUGAUGAUUUUGAGACUCCAACAAGUGCUGAUAUCCUAGCAUUAAAUACAUCGUUGAACCUGAUAUUGGAAGAUAGGCACAUAUCUCAGACAGAUCCAUGCUAUAUGCUCGUAUUCACAGAUGAUGGCAUGGGGAGUUAUUCAGCAGGACAGAGAGCAGCUUUUAGCAGAUAUGCACAAUCCAGAGGGGUACAAUGUUGGGCAAUUGGUACGGGUCAAGUAGGACUUAAAGUACAAUUCUACGGUAUACCUAAUUAUGUCCAUUGCCCAACGAUUCGUGGUUUGAAAGAUGCCUUGCAUCAGGUGUUUACUAACGAGGAAUUCAGUAAUCCUAAGCAAAUCCAAGGACAGUGGGAGAUGAGAGAUGGCAGGAAACCGUUUAAUUACAAACAAACCCGAAUUGAUCCCGAUCAGGAACUUGCUGUUAGUGUACAAGAUGCCAACAAAUAUCAGAGUGCUUUGUUUGAUUACGUCACAGCUAGCAGUGGAGAUGAUGACAAAGAAGAUGACGAAGAUGAUGACAAGAAUUUGGAAGACUCGGCUAUUGCUGCUUCUGUCAGUACAGCUGAUAAGGUUAUUCUUAGAGUUUGCUGUCGUGACUUUGAAUAUUGUGAUGACUUUUCUGAAGAUCACAGACUUGGACACAUUCAUAGUUCAGAUAUACCUCCUCACAUUAACUACAGUGAACGUCCCCCAUGUUGGUACUGGGAAAGAUGUGAUAUCCACAACGAGUCAGAACACAUGGCCAAAUAUCUCCAUCUUGGGUAUUAUGGUGGCAUCGAUCUUCCCAGAUGUCGCUACUGGGAUAAAUGUCAUAUAAAGGACCGCUCAGACCACAUGACAAAAUACCUACAUCCAUGGGAACUUCAAGAGUCAGUCGGCUCCGUAGCUCAAGUGGGAGAGCACCUGACAUGUAAUCGGGACGUUGUGGGUUCGAUUCCCACCAGGGUGGAGUGUCUUUUUCACGCACUCAUCCACUUCCACCACGAGAGGCCAUUCAAAAAAACUAUUCAAGAGACACUGCAAAACUUCACUUAG